AUGAUCUGCGUUGUUUUGGGAUGUUUCUUAAGCCUCCCUCAAGUGAGAGGGGAGGAAGGCUGUCUCAAUGCUGAACUCUGCUCAGGUACGGAGUGGGACCGGCUGUGGUAUAUCUGGCUUCUGAUGGUGAUUGGUGGACUGCUGCUCCUUUGUGGUGUGGUUUCCAUCUGUGUGAGAUGCUGUUUGCAUUGUCAUCAGACAGGAGAGGAAUCAGGUCCUCAGCCCUAUGAGGUCACCGUCAUUGCUUUUGAUCAUGACAGCACCCUCCAGAACACCAUUACCUCUCUCCAUUCCGUGCUCGGGCCUGCUGCCAGGACGAUAUUAGCAGUGGCACAUUCCCACAACGCUGUCCAGGGAGCACCACCCCUCUCAGCAGCAGACACCCCUCCAGUCUAUGAAGAAGCUCUGCACAUGAGCAGAUUCACCGUGGUCAAGACAGGACAGAAAGCACCAGACCUGGAUCCAGUGCCAGAGGAAAAGCUGCAGGUGUCUGCUGAGGGCAAGGAUGUCCAACCAGCCUCCCCAGGACACUAG